AUGUGUAAAAAUGAGAUGCUAAAAUUCGGCGAUCAUGUUUGGGUCGAUCUUCGAAAUGGAGGUGAAUUUAAUGUUGAAAUUGGUGCUAAAGUGGUUGCUACUCAAGCCGGACAAAUUAUAUUGGUUGAUGAUAAUGGACAGGAGUUGCAAUUUCCCAUUCAAACUAAAUUUCGACCGAUGCAUGUUAGUUCAGUUGAAGGUGUUGACGAUAUGAUUUUAUUGGGUGAUUUAAAAGAGUCCGCUGUAUUACACAAUUUACAUAUGCGCUAUAAAAAUGAUAAUAUUUAUACAUAUACUGGAUCUAUAUUAGUCGCCGUUAAUCCAUAUAAACCACUUGAUAUUUAUAAUAUUGAUUAUGUGCAUCGUUAUUGUAAUCGAAAAAUUGGUGAAUUACCACCACAUAUCUUCGCUAUCGGAGAUAAUGCCUAUAUGAAUUUGCAACGUUAUCAACAUGAUCAAUGUAUUAUUAUAAGCGGUGAAUCUGGAAGUGGUAAAACUGAAUCAACAAAAUUAAUUUUACAAUUUUUGGCUGCUACAUCUGGUCAACAUUCAUGGAUUGAACAACAAAUAUUAGAUGCUAAUCCAAUUUUAGAAGCUUUUGGUAAUGCAAAAACAGUACGAAACGAUAAUAGUAGCCGAUUUGGAAAGUAUAUUGAUAUUCACUUCGAUAAACGUGGUGUGAUUGAAGGUGCUAAAAUUGAACAAUAUUUAUUGGAAAAAUCUCGAAUUGUAUCACAGGCUCGUGAUGAACGCAAUUAUCAUGUAUUCUAUUGUAUGUUAGCCGGUAUGUCAAAAGAUGAAAAACAAGCUCUCGAUUUAUCAGCAGCCAGUGAUUAUAUAUAUCUAAAUCAGAUCGAAGGCACCAUUUACUGCGAUAGUCGAGAUGAUGGUAAAGAAUGGUCAACAAUUAAAAGUGCAUGUAAAGUGUUAAUGUUUAAUGAUGAAGAACUACAUGAUAUUUUGAGAUUGUUAUCAGCUGUACUACAUUUGGGAAAUCUAAAAUUUCAAGCUACGACCACACAAAAUUUGGAUACAACAGCAAUUGGAAAUAAUAAUGUUUUAAGAACUGUGUCUAAAUUGCUUAAAUUAGAUGAGAAUGGUUUACGUGAGGGUCUUUUGAAAAGAACAAUUUUUGCUCAUGGAGAAGCCGUUGUUACACCGUUAAAUCAAAUACAAGCAUGUGAUGUACGUGAUGCAUUUGUAAAAGGAAUUUAUGGUAAAAUGUUUAUAUGGAUAGUAGAUAAAAUAAAUAGUGCUAUAUAUAAACCAAAAGAAGCUUCAACAUAUAGAAAAUCUAUUGGUGUAUUAGAUAUAUUUGGUUUUGAAAAUUUUCAACGAAAUAGUUUUGAACAAUUAUGUAUUAAUUAUGCUAAUGAAAAUUUACAACAAUUUUUUGUUCAUCAUAUAUUCAAAUUGGAACAAGAAGAAUACGAUAAUGAACAUAUUGACUGGAAACAUAUCUCGUUCGAAGAUAAUCAACGAAUAUUAGAUUUAAUUGCAAUAAAAUCUAUGAACAUAAUAGCAUUGAUAGAUGAAGAAAGUAAAUUUCCCAAAGGCACUGAUAAAUCUUUAUGUGAUAAAUUACAUGCUAAUCAUGGGAAAAAUGAAAAUUUUGUUAGUAGAAAAAAUGAGAAUGGUAUCAAUUUUGGUAUUAAACAUUUUGCCGGACAUGUAUAUUAUGAUUGUGAAAAUUUUCUCGAGAAAAAUCGCGAUACAUUUAGUCAAGAUCUAAUGAAAUUAUUGCAAGAUACAAAGAGUAAAUUUUUAAGAAAUUUAUUUCUGAAUGAAUAUCAGAUUGGAACAGAAACGCGAAAACGAGCUCCAUCCUUGGGUACACAAUUUAAAAAAUCACUUGAUUCAUUAAUGACAAUAUUGGCAGCGUGUCAACCAUUUUUUGUUCGUUGUAUCAAACCAAAUGAAUAUAAAGCACCAAAUAAUUUUGAUCGUUCACUCGUUCAUCGUCAACUGCGCUAUUCUGGCAUGAUGGAAACAAUAAGUAUUCGAAGGAAAGGCUAUCCUAUACGACAUUUAUUUCGUGAUUUUGUUGAUCGUUAUCGAUUAUUAGCACCGGGUAUCGGUCCAUCACAUCGUGAAGGCGAUUGUAAACAAGCUGCAGAUAAAAUAUGUAAAACAGCACUAACGAACAAAGAUUAUCAAAUUGGAAAAACGAAGAUUUUUCUAAAAGAUGCUCAUGAUGUCUAUCUUGAGCAAGCUCGUGAACAAGUUAUGUCACGUAAAAUUCUUAUAUUACAAAAUUCGAUAAGACGAUGGAUAGUUAGACGAAAAUUUUUAGCCAUGCGUCAAAGUGCAUUUAUUAUACAAUCACAAUGGAGAGCAUAUCAACAAACAAAACGUUAUACAAUAAUAAGAAAUGGUUUUAUGCGUUUACAAGCAUUACAUCAUACACGUUUAUUAACACAUCGAUAUACGGCAUUAAAAAAUCGUAUAUUAAACUUGCAACGAUAUUGUCGUGGCUAUGUUGCACGACAAAAUUAUAGUAGAAAAUUGAAUGCUAUUAUUAUAUUACAAGCAGAAGUUAGACGACAUAUUGCACAAAAACAAAUGAGACGAUUGAAAAUUGAACAAAAAAAAUAUAAAGAAGUGGAACAAGAACGUUAUGAAGAAGAAAAAAGAUUAAUACCAACACUGGGUGCAAAAAGAGCGAAAGAAGAAGCAGAGAAAAAGUAUCGUGAACGUUUAAAUCAAUUAGAACGGGAAAUUCAUGAACAAGAGCGAAUGGAACAACAACGUGCUAAAGAAAAACGUAUGUUAAUGGAACGUAAAAGUUAUGAUGAUAAUGAACUAUUUAAUACAAUGUUUCCUGGUGGCGAUGAACGUACAACAACCGGUGGUAUUAAUUCACAUCAAAAUCAAUCGCGUUCAAAUACUGGUGGUAUGCAAUCAACUUUGGGUAAUUUACCAUCAGUUGGUAAUGUUGAAUUAAUUCAUAAAGCAUUACCAUUACCCGAUCAAGACGAAGAUUUAAAAGAGUAUACAUUUGCCAAAUUUGCAUCAACAUAUUUUCAAGGCAAUGCAACACCAUCAUUUACAAAAAAAGCACUUAAACAACCAUUACUUGCAUUGAAAUCAGAACGAGAUCAAUUAGCUGCUUUAGCUAUAUGGAUAACAAUUCUUCGUUUUAUGUGUGACCUUCCUGAUAUUCGUACACCAUCAACUACUCAUCAAAAACAAUCUGUCAUGACUAAAAUUCAUUCAACAUUAGGACGUAAAUUUAAUAAAAAAGAUUUAGAAGAAGCACAAAAAUUAAGUGAAUCAAUUGAUAAUCAUCCAAAUAAUCUUCCUACAACAAGUUUAUCUACGACAAAUGGAAGUAAUGGUAAUGGUAAUAAUAAUAAUUCAAAUUCGAUGUUAAAUAUUAAUAACAGUAAAGCAUCUCGUAGUGUUAAACAAAAAUUAGUUAAUAUGACAUUAAAACGAAAAUCAAAAUUAUCUAAUGAUAAUGCCAUUACACGUCUAAAAGAUUUAGAUUUAUUAAGUACACAACAAAUGAAAAUGAAUGGAAUGAAUCCAUUUCUUGAAGAUCGACCAACAUCAAAUUUAGAAAAAUUACAUUUUAUUAUUGGAAUUGGAAUACAUGUACAAGAAGUUCGAGAUGAAAUUUAUUGUCAAAUAUGUAAACAAUUAACAAAUAAUCCAACUCCACAAAGUGUUGCUCGAGGAUGGAUAUUAUUAUCAUUAUGUGUUGGAUGUUUUGCACCAUCAUCUAAAUUAAUUAAAUAUCUUCAAAAUUUUAUUCUCAAUGGACCAAAUGGUUUUCCACGUUAUUGUUAUGAACGUCUAUCACGUACAAUGAUGAAUGGUUUAAGAACACAACCACCAUCUUGGCUAGAAUUACAAGCUACUAAACAUAAAGAACCACUAUUACUACAAAUAACAUUCAUGGAUGGUAGUUCAAAAGCAUUAAAAGCCGAUUCAGCUACAACAGCUAAAGAAUUAUGUGAUUUAUUAGCAGAAAAAAUUAAUUUACAAGAUAAAUUUGGUUUUUCAUUGUAUAUAGCUUUAUUUGAUAAAGUAUCAUCAUUGGGUAGCGGUGGUGAUCAUGUAAUGGAUGCAAUAUCUCAAUGUGAACAAUAUGCAAAAGAACAAGGUACAUUAGAAAAAAUUGCACCAUGGCGUCUAUUUUUUCGUAAAGAAAUAUUUGCUCCAUGGCAUAAUCCUAGUGAAGAUAAUGUGGCAACAAAUUUAAUAUAUCAACAAGUUGUACGUGGUAUUAAAUUUGGUGAAUAUCGUUGUGAAAAAGAUGAUGAUCUAUCAAUAAUUGCUGCACAACAGUAUUAUAUUGAAUAUGGAACAGAAAUGCAUGUUGAUAGAUUAAAAGAAUUAUUACCACAGUAUAUACCAGAUAAUCAAUUAUGUCAAAAUAAAGCAACAGAAAGGUGGAUACAAUUGAUUAUAAAUGCCCAUAAACGAAAUUAUUAUGCAAAAGAACGUAUACAAACUAUAUGUGUAAAAGAAGAUGUUGUAAAUUAUGCAAGAUUUAAAUGGCCAUUGUUAUUUUCUCGUUUUUAUGAAGCAUAUAAAUUUUCUGGUCCAACAUUACCAAAAAAUGAAGUUAUUAUUGCUGUUAAUUGGACAGGUGUCUAUGUUAUCGAUGAUCAAGAACAAGUUUUAUUAGAAUUAUCAUUUCCAGAAAUAACACAAAUAUUAAGUAGUAAAACAGGCAGACAACAAGGAAAUUCUUUUACAAUAAUAACAAUUAAGAAUGAUGAAUAUACGUUUACAUCGAAUAAUGCCGAUGAUAUCAAAGAUUUAGUUAUUAAUUUUCUAGAAGGUUUAAAAAGAAAAUCAAAAUUUCUUGUUGUUAUACAAGACUAUGAACCAACAGAACGUGCUCAAGGUUUAUCUAUUCAUCGUGGUGAUUUAAUAACAUUACAAGAUGAUCUUAAUAUAUCUACAGUUAACAAUGAUAAUCAUCAACUUGGAACAACAACCACUACUAAAUCUUCACAUUGGUUAUUCGGCUAUAAUGAACGUACAGGUUUAACCGGUGAAUUUCCUAGAGAGUGUGUUUAUGUAUUACCAACAAUGUCAAAACCACCACAAGAUAUUUUACAAACAUUUGCUUUACAAUGGACAGAUACAAAUCAACAACAACAAAAUGAAAAUUUAUUAACAAAUAAUAAUUAUGGAACAGAUUUUCAUGUUGAACAUGGUUAUACAUUAGAAAAAUAUGCUGAAUUAAAUUUUCGUUUAUCACCAAAACGAACAUGGUCAAAUACAUUUUCUCGUCGUGGAGGUAAUAAUGGUGAUAAAUUAUGGGCAUUUCAAAAGGAACCACUAAGACAACCAUUAUUAAAAAAAUUACAAGAUAAACAAGAUUUAAGUGAAGAAGCAUGUACUUGUUUUAUGAAUAUAUUAAAAUAUAUGGGCGAUUAUCAAACAGGAAUUAUUAGAAGACGAGCAACAAAUGAAUUAACGGAUGCUAUAUUUGAUCCAGCUUUAAAACAUGAAAUUUUAAAAGAUGAAAUUUAUUGUCAAAUAAUAAAACAAUUAACUGAUAAUGGAAAUCAAACAAGUGAAUCACAUGGUUGGGAAUUAAUAUGGUUAGGAACAGGUUGUUUUGCACCAAGUGCAUUAUUAUUAAAAGAAGUCAACUUAUUUUUACGUUCAAGAAAACAUCAAUUAGCAGCUGAUUGUUUUGCAAGAUUACAACGUACAUUAAAAAAUGGACAACGUAAACAUCCACCACAUCAAGUUGAAGUUGAAGCUAUUCAACAUAUGACAACACAAAUUUAUCAUAAAGUCUAUUUUCCCGAUGAUACAUCUGAAGCAUUUGAAGUUGAUUCUAGUACACGUGCAAAAGAUUUUUGUCGAAAUAUUGCCGAUCGUUUAAAACUUCAAGGCAGUGAAGGAUUUAGUUUAUUUGUUAAAAUAUUAGAUAAAGUUAUUAGUGUACCAGAUGGAGAUUUCUUUUUCGAUUUUGUUCGACAUUUAACAGAAUGGAUUAAAAAAACAAAACAACGUGAAGAUCCUCCAAAAUAUACUUAUCAAAUAUUUUUUAUGAGAAAACUAUGGACAAAUACAGUACCCGGACAAGAUAGAAUGGCUGAUAUUAUAUUCCACUAUCAUCAGGAAUUACCAAAAUUGAUUCGUGGAUAUCAUAAAUGUUCAGUUGAAGAAGCUAUACAAUUGGCGGCUUAUAUCUAUCGUGUUCGUUUUGUCGAUAGUCUUGCUCAAUUCGAUAAUAUACAACUCAAAGAUUUUUUACCAGCCGAUCUUGUUGAUCGAUUACCCUACGCUGAUUGGAAAAAGCGUAUAAUGACUGCUCAUCAAUCUUCUCGUGGAAUAUCGGCUGAAGAUGCUAAAAUUAAAUUUUUAAAAAUUAUUUAUCAAUGGUCAACAUUUGGUUCAGCAUUUUUCGAAAUUAAACAAACAUCUGAUCCAACAUAUCCUGAACAGUUACUUAUUGCCAUAAAUAAAAAUGGUGUCAAUUUAAUUCAUCCAAAAACAAAAGAUCUUUUAAUGACUUAUUCAUUUACAAGCAUAUCAAAUUGGUCAAGUGGAACUACUUAUUUUAGUUUUACGGUUGGUGAUAUUGUACGUGGUACGAGAUUAUUGUGUGAAUCACCUUUAGGUUAUAAAAUGGAUGAUCUAUUGACAUCUUAUAUUAGUUUAAUGGUACAAACAAUGCAUCGAAAUUCCUCACGAACAAAUAAUCCAAUCUAA